AUUUCUCCAACAUUAUCAAGUGGCGCACUCAUCUCACCCUGAAAAAUGUGACAUUCCUUCAUCUCGAAAAAGUCGCAUGAUCUCAAAUCCAGAAUUUUCAAGAAGCUACAACCUCACCCUUUUCUCACACACCCGCAAAGCUUAUAUAUACAGAGAUUUGCACGCACCAAAUUGCCGAGAAAAAUAAAACAAACACAAAGACAACCAAGCAUUCAACUGAGUCUCUGAAAACAAACCAAAAUGUCUCUGUUUCAGUCCCUGUUGUUGAACCAGAGCGACCCUUUUGAUCACUUCCGAGCACUUCUCAGUGAAAAUCCACACUCAUCGUUGCAUGAAGGGAACACCCAAAUGGAUUGGAAGGAGACCAGCGAUGCCCACAUCUUCCAAAUCGAUCUUCCGGGGCUUACCAAAGAGGAUGUGAAGCUUGAAGUACGUGAAAGCAGAGUACUCUGCAUCAGAGCAGAGAAGAAAGAAGAGCAAGAAGAAGAAGAAAAAGAAGAGAAGAAGAGGCUCACAUGGCAUUGCAGGGAGAGAGGAGGGAAUGGUGUGUUCUUGAGGGAGUUCAGAUUGCCUGAGAAUGCAAAGGUUGGUGAUGUCAAGGCCGAAAUGCGUGAUGGGGUGUUGACCAUAACAGUGCCUAAGGAUCAUGAGACCAAGAAGAAGCACAAGCAUCACAAGAAGGAGGUUCAAAUUUCUGGGGAGGAUGGUGAAGGCGUUUCCCCAAAAGGAAUUGGGCGUUUCGUUUGCUGCAAAGCUUAGAACUUUCAAGUCCUAUCAUACAAACACAAGUAUACAGUUUUGUGAAGAAUCUAAUUGUUUUGGUUUGCAGUUGUUUUGGGAAAAUGUUUGGAGAGAAAAUAAGAGAAUAGAAAUAUGAUAAGUGAGAGAUUGAGAGAAAAAAAUAUGUGUAUGUAUUGUUGUUUAUAGAUUAUAACUGAUUGUUUUGUACUUUGUGUGUAAAUUUUACAGUCUGUAAUUUUGUUUUUAUCUGUCAUACUAGAUUGUAAAUUUGAAAUUCUACAAGGCUCAGUAGUUCUUGUA